CAAACAUGGAGGAGCGCGAGUUGGGGGCGAGGUCGGCUCGCGCCGGCAGCCCAGCCAGCCCGCCCAGCCCGCGGCUGGACGUCAGCUCCUACAGCUUCGACCCGCUGCUGGCCUUGUACGCACCUCGCCUGCCGCCCAUCCCCUACCCCAACGCGCCCUGCUUCAACAACGUGGCGGAGUACGAGAGCUUCCUGAAGGGCGGGCGCACCGGGCGCGGUCGGGCUCGGGGCACUGGGGAGCCGGCCUCGGCGGGAACCUCCACCGGAACCUCCACGGGAGCCGGGAGCUCGUCCAGGGCCCGUCGCCGCGCCGCGCCCACCCCGGAUCCCGAGCGCAUCCAGCGCCUGCGCCGGCUCAUGGUGGCCAAGGAGGACACGGACGGCACGGCCGGAGCGCGACGCCAGGGCCCGGGGCGCAGCAAGAAGGCACCCCGCAAUGUGCUCACGCGGAUGCCUUUGCAUGAAGGUAGCCCUCUGGGUGAACUUCACCGCUGCAUCCGAGAGGGAGUCAAGGUGAACGUUCACAUCCGCACCUUCAAGGGACUUCGCGGUGUCUGCACUGGCUUCCUCGUUGCCUUCGACAAAUUCUGGAAUAUGGCCCUCACUGAUGUGGAUGAGACCUACCGUAAACCUGUCUUAGGAAAAGCAUACGAACGGGAUUCUUCGCUGACUCUCACUAGGCUAUUUGAUCGGCUGAAACUUCAAGACUCCUCCAAAAAGGAAGCGGAUUCCAAAUCUGCAGUUGAGGACUCCACCCUGUCUCGAUACUCCCAGACGUCUACCUGGAAGGUGGCUUCGGUAUGGGGACGAGGGGACACUGACCGGAGCUCACACAGGCGCUCCCGCUCCGUCCCUUCUUCCUUGCAGGCAUCUGCAAGGGAGGAGUCCAGGUCUGAGCUGUCAGGGAGGACUACACGGACAGAAGGGUCCAGUGUGGGAGGUACCUUCUCCAGGGCCAACACCCUUUCACGGGGCCAGUCCCGGAAGAAAAAGCGAAAGCCCAAGGUGGAUUACCAGCAGGUAUUCACUCGGCACAUAAAUCAGAUUUUCAUUCGAGGCGAGAAUGUCCUGCUGGUCCAUCUGGCACAGUGAGCAGCUCAGCCCACUUGACCUUUGGGUUUUAGAAAUAAAGUGCAUGAACUGUUCUAUGCUA